AGAAUUGAUUUAGUAGUCAAUGCUUCAGCCUUGUUGUACAGACCUACAAGAUGCAAUACGGAACUUCUUCCAGACAUCGUACUUACAUCUAAUUGGAUAAAAAUAAUGGAAUACCUUUGGAUCCCAUCCGUUUAUUACAAAACAAAUAAUAAGAUUUAACAUUCUGAAGAAAAAUCAAAAUGUAUGUCUGCAUGAAAGAAAUUGACCGAAUGUUGAAGUGGAUAGUUCCAAAUAUAGUCAGGCAGUAACAAGUCGUACUGCUACAUUUCCAUAGUAUGAUUAUUCAAAUUUUAUACUUAAAUUAUAUAAUAAAAUAUAUAGUAAUGAUGAUAUGCUUAUUCUUUCAGACAAACCGUCAAUGACAUAUUGAAAAUCUUAACACCUGUAGCGUUGUCUGAUAGACGAACUGGUAGACUAGUGAGAAGAGUGUACUCAGUCAGAGGUCCAAAUCAAAUAUGGCAUUGUGAUGGCUAUGAUAAGCUGAAACAAUUCGGGUUUUGUUUACAUGGAGCUAUUGACGGAUGGUCUAGAAAACUAGUUUGGUUGGUGGUAGGCCGUACAAACAAUGACCCUAAUGUUGUGUGCACAUAUUACUUGAAAGCAGUAAGAAAACUUGGCAUAAUUCCACAUAGUCUAAGAUUAGACGCUGGCACAGAAAACGUUGCUAUGGCAGAUGUUCAUGCGCUACUUCGACAAGAGCGAGAUGAUGAACUUGUCACAAAUUGCGUAAUAAUUGGAAAGUCAGUUCACAACGAAAGGAUUGAAAGAUUUUGGAGUUACUUAGGCAUGACUUAUACAAAGACAUAUCAAGAUCUAUUCAAAGACAUGGUGGCAUGUGGUAUUUUAAAUCUCAGUAAUGCCUUCCACAUUGAAUGUCUGAGAUUUUGUUUUAUGCCUGUGAUACAGUCUGAGCUACAGCUAGUUUUGGAGACAUGGAAUGACCAUAGGAUAAGAAAACAGACUAAUCAAUGUAUUGUUGGGCGUCCAUCGUUUCUGUAUGAUUGUCCUGAAGAAUAUGGUGCACAAGACCAGAGUAAACCGGUUGACCGUAACUUGUUAAAUAAUUGUCAAGAAAUAUUUUCAAUUAAUUUACCAGAAAUGGGAGCUUCAGAUGAAUUUUCAGAAAUCGCCCUGGAACUGAUGUUGUUGCAUAAUCUUCAACUACCUUCCACUCUUGACGAUGCAAUGAUUUUGUUUGAAAGGUUAUACGAGUUAAUGGAAUUAUAGUAAUCGGGUUUUUCCGAUUUAGAUAAUACUAUGUUACAUAUGGACCAUAUACACAAGAAAUAAACUUAGCUUUCAACCAACAUAAAUCGACCAUUUGUUGGAAAUUUUCAAUUGAGAAUACAUGUACAUGUAAUAUGGACAUUUCUUUUCUUUUCAAAUUCCAUCAAUUUUCACCAUAACAUCACGCAAGAUAAAUAAAUAAACUAGGAACUAGGAAAUCAAUAUUUUUAAUUUCAAUAAAACUUUUUAUUUAAAGAAACUUUUACACUGCCAUGCCCCAAUAAGGGACCAUCCUGAUAAUGAUAACACAUUUAAAAGGCUUAAAUAUUUUUUUUGUAUUAGCAUUCAUUGAAUAGAAAUAGAUGACCGGUAAACACUUCAAAUUAAUGUCAGAUCUCUAGAAAGAACUGUUUUUUUAAAUACACUUCAUAUAUAUACUUAAUAUAGUAUAUUUACUAGGUGGUAUAUUUGCAAUCUUUACAAAUGAUUGAAUACGGUGUGUUUAAUUUGCAAACACUUUUGCUUAUCAUUUACGUAUGCUGGUGUUUGUUAUUUUUACACAAUAAGCAUGAGGCUUUUAAAUAGCAGCAUUUUAAAAAAGAAGUACAUGUUGUAUCAUUAAUUGAAUAAAGUUUGUAACCUUAAAGUUGCGAAAUUCCCUUUCCGCAUCAUUUUAUAAUAAACAGAAAAAAUACAAUGUAAAUAAAAUUAUAGAUAUCACCUCUCAAUAAGACUUCUUAAAGAUACAGAAUAUAUAAAAGUGGUGAUUAAAGUGAAUAUGUGUAUACAUUUUAUAUAUGGUUAUACAAAACAAUAGCUCAAAUAUAAUCUGGUAAUAAGAAUAUUUUUUAUACAGAUGCUAUUAUAAAACAACAAAAGAUCACUGUUCCAGCAAUGCAAUUAAAACUAAA